UAUCGAUGUUUGCCAACCUGCCCAACUAACUUGACUCUGAUUAUUCAACUUAUUCUCUGUCUGACAGUCUUCGCUCAUCUCACACUUGGUAGAGGUCAAUAUGGCCACGAGAGUCGGUGACAUGCUACCAACUCUACUCGAGUCGGUUUCUCCUUUGUAUGAAUAUAGAGGAUAUCCGAUUUUAUCUAACCAUGAAACUCGAGAGAGUCAUAAUUCAUUGAUAGGAAGAGUGAAGAAAAGGCUAUACUUGCAACUCUUGCGACAGUACACUGAGGUGCACAAAGCGACUAGGCGUGCGCUUCCCGAGAAGUGCGAACGAACCCAGCACAUGGUGAACGGUCGUGGCACUAAAACUGCCGAUAGUCGAACUGAGGAUUGCAAUGUUUAG